AAGUGGCGGGUGCAGCGGAGGUGGCCGUCAGACCUGCCACUUCUAAACGUCCCUGGGAGGCGUCGCUGCACAGGGUGGGGCGGGCCUGAAGAAGCUGUCCGCGGGCCAGUGGCUUUCCCGGUGCCUCCGGCCGUCCCUGCCCCUCCCCCCACCAAGCCAGCGUUCGGGUAGGAUGCAGACAGCAGAGCGUGAGGGGAGUGGGUCUGAAGUGAGCCCCAGUGUGAUGCCUGAGGCUCUUCCUGAGUUUGCACCUGCUGCUACCAAGACCCCAGCAUUUGAUCUUUUCAACUUGGUUCUGUCCUACAAGAGGUUGGAGAUCUACCUGGAACCUCUGAAGGAUGCGGGUGAUGGUGUUCGAUACUUGCUCAGGUGGCAGACACCUUUGUGUUCCUUGCUGACCUGCCUGAGCCUCAACAUCUUGUUCCUCACAUUGAAUGAGGGUGCUUGGUACUCGGUGGGUGCCUUGAUGAUUUCAGUGCCCGCCCUGCUGGGCUACCUUCAGGAGGUUUGCCGGGCACGGCUGCCGGAGUCUGAGCUGAUGCGGAGGAAGUAUCACAGCAUAAGGCAGGAAGACCUGCAGAAAGUUCGCCUUUCCCGCCCUGAGGCCAUGGCUGAGGUGAAGAGCUUCUUGAUUCAGCUGGAGGCCUUUUUGACCCGCCUGUGCUGCACUUGUGAAGCUGCCUACCGCGUGCUGCGCUGGGAGAACCCCGUGGUGUCCUCACAGUUCUAUGGCGCACUUCUGGGCACAGUUUGCAUGCUGUAUCUGCUGCCGCUCUGCUGGGUACUCACCCUUUUAAAUAGCACGCUCUUUCUGGGGAAUGUGGAGUUCUUCCGAGUGGUGUCUGAGUACAGGGCAUCUCUGCAGCAGCGGAUGAACACUAAACAGGAAGAGUGUACCUUAGAGAACCCACUACUGUUGGAUGCUGGGGGGAAGGGUGCCCUGCUGGACAGCACGCCUGCCCCCACACCCACUGAGACUCUUUCUUCCCAGGACCUCACCCCGGGCAGUGUGGAGGAGGCUGAGGAGGCUGAGCCAGAUGAAGAAUUCAAAGAUGCCAUUGAGGAGACCCACUUGGUGGUGCUGGAGGAUGAUGAAGGCACCCCAUGCCCAGCAGAGGAUGAGCUGGCUCUACAGGACAAUGGAUUCCUGAGCAAGAAUGAGGUGUUGCGCAUCAAGGUGUCACGGCUCACAGAGCGGCUCCGAAAGCGUUACCCUACCAACAACUUUGGGAGCUGUACAGGCUGCUCGGCCACCUUCUCAGUGCUGAAGAAGCGGCGGAGCUGCAGUAACUGUGGGAACAGCUUCUGCUCUCGGUGCUGCUCCUUCAAGGUGCCCAAGUCCUCCAUGGGGGCCACAGCCCCUGAAGCCCAAAGAGAGACUGUGUUUGUGUGUGCCUCAUGCAACCAGACCUUGAGCAAGUGAGAAGAGAGGCCAGGCUCCAACCAGAAGCAGUUUUGGGGCCAACAGUAGACCCCCUCUCCCCUGUGGCUUGUGCUGGGCAAAUGUGGCCUGACUGCUCAGUUGGCUUCCCCUUCCUUCCCGUUUGCAGCGCUGUGCUCAGAGUUGAGGAAGAGCUGCCCCUAGAAGGCCUGUUUGCUUUGCUCUGCUCUGGGUUAGUGAAUUGGACUCAGGGCUGGUCAGGGAGCUAGGCCUGGCUCAGCUGAGCUGUGAUGAUUAGGACCAAUGUGGCCAGGCCUGGAGAUCCCAGGAGACCUGAGCUUAGGAAAAGUUCUUCCCUGCAGAGCGUGGGGUCAAUCCCUCAGCCUCAGAGAACCUGCAAGACAGUUUGGGACACAGCAUGGGGAAGCUCCACUGCAGAGUGGACUUGAAGAAUCUCAGCCCACAUGAUCUGCUGGUGUCCCCGGCUCCACCUGCGUGGCUGAAGGGCACUCAGAGCACUCUUGUUCCCCCACCCAAGUGCAGGGAAACUGUUCUCUGACCCGGUGCCACUUCUCCCUUCCCUGUCCUUUGUCCCAUGGAGUGUGAGGUCAGAUAAGCAGAGCAGAGGUCCAGAGGCUCUUGACCUUGAGGGUCCUGGGAAGUGUAGGAUCUCACUGGGCUGGGUCCUAGAUUCCAAGGCUGUACCCUGAGGUCCCCUUGGGUCUCCAUCUUUUUGACAAUAUCAUAUUUCCUCUGGAUGCUGAGGGCCUAGCAUCUUUCCCAAAGCCAUGAGCUGGCUCAGUGCCCCACCCUCCAGCUGUCCUGUCUUUUCAAAGUAUUUAUUUAUUUAUUUCAUGGUACCUGGGAACAUAUAGCUAUAUAGCACUGGGGAAUGGGAGGAAGUAGAUGAGGGUCCUCUGCCUCGGACUCUUUCCUGGAGUCAGGGCUGCCAGGAACCUCAAGGCAUAAGUGGCUGAGGCAUUCCCACCCCCUAAGUACGGACUGGAGGCAGUGCGGGGACAAGUGGCCCACCCCAGGCGUGCUUUCUUGCCAGGCCAAGCUGUUUGGUGAGGGCUUGGCAGCUGGGGCCUGAAGGCACCAGGCAUAGGGGAACCAGGCAGGCCUCGGUAUCCCCAGUUUUCCUUGUUAGGAGGUGAGGGUUAAGUUUUCUAUGCUUAUUUACACUGGAGAGGAGUGAAAGGGUCUCUGUGUAUAGAAAAUUAUCAAUAAAAGGCUUCAAGCUUAUGUUGCCAUCUUGUGCUAAUACUCUCCCUAGGGCUGGAGGGCCAGAGCUCCCUGGCACUGCCCAUUUGCAGCGCUGCCCUCACCUGCACACUGGGCUGUGGGGAAAGCCUUUGAGUACCCUUGGAGGAAAGGCUGUGGGAGUAGCAGCCUGGUCUGGGUGUAAGCUCGGGUUGAGAGGAGGAAAGCUGUACCUUGCACGCAGGGUUCAGCACAUGCUGGUCCAUUGACUUGAGGCUCCGUCUUGUGACCUGACUUGGGUUGGGGUUGGAGUUGGGACCAGAGUUUGAUAAAUGCUAAACAAUGCGGGCUUUAGAAUGGAAUGACUUUAGUUAAUCCUGAGAAAGCCCAAAAGGGUCAGUGCUCCUGUAGGCUGAGGGCCAGCAGGCAGGACUGACUGUCAUGGGAGGUAUGAGCAGGCUCUGAGAGUUGGGUGGAUGGGUGUUCCUGGGUGCCAGGCGCUGUGGUAAGCACCUUACGUUAUCUUAAUGCCUGCAGCAAGCUUGUGAUGUAGGCACUUCUCCCCGGAACAGAAACAGAGCACCCAGAAGUAGCAGUAGAGGCCACACCUGCUGUGGUUCAGCUGCACACUCUGCUCUGCUGUGCCGUGCCCUGGAGUGGUGCUGGCAACAGUUGCCCCCAGUCUUCCUGUUCUGCUUCCCUCAUCUGGGAAGCCGGUGUGAUAGUGGUGCUGACCUUGUCGGGCUACCAUUCAGAUUCAGAGUCCAUGUGAGGCACGACAUACAGUAGAUACUCAAUAGACAGCAGCAGUCCUGCUGUCCUGGCAGCCUUCGAGCAGAGAAUAGACACCUCUGCCUGCCUGACUUAGAAUAGUAAUUUGUUUUCCUUUUAAGCCAGGGAAGAAUUUUAGAUUAUUUUUCAGAGAAGAAGGUCAGGGAAAGCCAUGAGAGUAGUUUGAAAAAGCAGUGUCAGUAUGAUUUUAUUUUUGGAAAAUGGAAACAGUGCCUAAUGGUGAAGUGCCCACAGUAACAGGAGGAACUGGAGAAGGCUGUGCUGGCUGCCAGUGGGUUUCAGAGAUGAGAGAAACACAGGUUUUCCCCCCUGUAGUGGUCAGCAGUCUCAGAGAAGCACAGCAGGGGACCCCUUCUGGUGUCUUUGAGGUGCAUGUGAGAUCAGGCAAGAGACAUCAUCUUUUUUGAUUUUUUUUUUUUUUUUUUUUUUGAGACAAGUCUUACUGUGUAGUCUGGGCUGACCUUAAACUUGGAAUCCUGCCUCAGCCUCCUGAGUGAAGGGAUGUCAUCUUUAAAGUUCAAGUCCUACUGGAAGAAUGAAGCUGCAGAGGGAUUUGGUGGGAUUGGCUGGCACUUUAUAGCUGGUUGGGGUCAACUGUGAGGAGGACCUGCUCAGGGGAUGGCCUGGGAGACAAACUGUCCUAUGUAGGAUUGGAUGCCUGAUUUACAGACAGUUCCUACUUUGUCCUUAAACACUCAGGGGGAGAGAACAGGUAGCUGGAUUGUGCUGCAGCCCCAGCACCUGCUGGGGCAGACCCAGGACCUCAACCCGCGGCCUGGCUUGGCUUCUGGCUUCUGUUGUUUCCUUCGAUGGAAUGGUGCCUUGAGCUGGCAGUAGUUUCUGGAGCUUUCAGGAUCUGUGGCCUGUGGGGCUAAAGUCAAGUGAAGCUCCAUUUUCAUCUUUAUCUGUGUGGAACUCCCCAGGCACCCUCUGAGAGACCUGGCCCCAUGUCUGUCCUAUAGCUGGUUAUCUUCAGGAUACUAACACCCGCUUUCAUUGAGAGCUGUGCCAGGCAACACUUUGACCACACAACAGUCUCUAACUAGUAUUGUGUGGUUAAUUCUGCCUAACCCACUGAGUAAAUGCGUGGCCAGGGAAGUAACCUGCGCAACAUCACAGAGCUAGGAAGCCACAGUGAGAGUGGGGAUUGUGUCACAGGUGCUGGUAGAGGGCUCAUAAGAGAAACUAGAGGAACAUAGCAUCCUAGGCAGUCACCUCUCUCUGUUCUGCCUGGUCCCCACCAACCCAGGAGCCAGCCACUGAGCUUGUAGGAGGGCCUGCCCCCAAGCAUAGCUUUCCCCCUCUCCUCUAUCUCUAGCCCAGCCCCAGCCAAGUGGGUUCAGCCUCCAGCAGAACAAGAGGCAGCCUUGUGACAGGAGCCCCCUGCCGCUCCCACCUCCCGGGAACCCCACCUCCUGCCUUGACACCCAGAGUGCGGCACAUUCCAUUCUCUGGCACAGCUGGGGGCUGGGGAUUCUGGGUUCCCCUGGCUGCCAGCUUUCUUCCCAGCCCCAGCAGAGCCUACUGUCUGGGCUGGGACACUGGGUCCCAGCCACACACAUUCCAGCAGCAACUGCCCCCCACAUUAGAUUUCCCAAGUUGUGAACUUUAGUCAGGAUUACAGCUGACUAAAUAGUUGUGGGAUGUGAGCUUCCUUUGUGGGGACUUGGGCUCAGUGCUGGCAGGGGUGAGGAGAGGAGGGGUUAGGGUGGGCUGUCUGGGAAUCGGGAGAAAAGCCACUGGCUCCUCUGCCUCCAUCAGGCCCUGGAGUGGGACUGGAGCAGGGCUCCCAGAAAUCUUCCCGGGUAGCAAGUGUGUGAUGGAGGCAUGGCUGUCUGUCUCCCUGGGUUGUCCAGCUUUGCCAUUGCAGACAGUGUAGUGCCAAAGGGUGGGAGGUCAGAUCCCCACAUCACCCUGAGCUGCAGCCAUAUCAUUAAAAUGCACUAUCUC